AUGGCCACAAGUGAGAGUGCGCGAACUAAGUUUACUGGCAAUACAUCUCUAUAUGUAUUCAUAGCGCGUUUUCGGCCACCCAUCUUCCUCCAGCGCAACAUUGAAACGGUUCUUAGGCAUUGCGAAUUGGAGAGGGUGGAAGAAGGAGACAGUGAGGUAUCGACACCUAGUUCGGAAACUUCGACUCUUAGUGAUCCAUGGUCGAGGUCUUCAACGAGUGCAAGAUCCCCCACGCGUCGUACGGAGUCGUUGAACCAAAUUAUUAACAGACUAAGGCCUCCUAUUCCUACCGGUGGAAAGAUGGAACCUGUUUUAAAAAUUGAGGCGAGAUCAUUGAUGCGCAAACGGCUACACAAACCUCGAGUUCACUCUUCCAGUUCCAGUAAGCUUAUCGAGACUGCGAGAGAAAAUAGAGCUUUGUUGGAAUUAAUUCCUCCUGUGUUAGAUGAUCGUAUUAGGGCUACUCGCAUCACUGGCGAUCGUCGACCUUUUGAUAAACCCACCAACAUUCGUUGCCGGUGUGAGCUCACGAUCUUUGAGAAACCCGAUCCUUUGAGGUCCGCACAACCCUCAAAUGUACGGCGAACCCGAUCCAGGUCCAAGGAGGAAUCUAGCAUAAAUCCACUUGUUCGAUACAGGCAGUUUUGCACAAUCACUUAUCGUUCUGAGGAGUCUGCGCGCAUCGAAAUGCAGGAUCCGUUUUAUAUCAGGGCUGGCGAGCUCUUCGUAUUUACCAAUCGUGGCCCCAUCCAGAGUUUCGGGCUGGCCGAGAGUUAUACAGCUGAAUUUGCCUUACAGCCUAUCAGUACCAACCAACCUUGGCCUCCCUUGAUCUCAGACAGCUUAGGAGUGUGGGACGACCCAACUACCAUCCAACUUGUUGGAGUUUUCCAUUCUCUCCCUAUGGCUCCCGCAACUGCUCACCAUGAUCUCGAAUUCCGAACAGGUAUGCUAGGUGAAACCGGUCGGCUGGCCGAUAUCCAGCUUGAACUGGACUGCAAAUGGGAUAAACAAGGCACCAUCGCACAUGGCGCAGAAGCUUACCAGCUCAUGCCCUCCAGACUACCUACCCCGGUGUCAGAGAGAGGGCGUGAUUGUUCGCCUGUAGACUCUCCACUAACUUGUUACGUUUUCAAUGCCCCCUUAGAUGACGAACGUUUCCAUGGGUAUCUAGGGCAACCGACUAUCAGGCGUCAGCAUGCCUUUACUGUCCCCAGAUAUACAUGCCCUUUUUGUGAUGGGAGGGAAUUCACAAAUCUAACUAGUUUGCAUUUCCACCUUACUACCUCGCACGAUUUGUUCCAGUUCAAAGUAAGGUCAAGAAAGGCAACCAAUAGUCUCAGGAGUAACGAGAGGCAUGAAAAUGUUGCGGAGGUCAUUGUAGACCUAGCAAAAGACCCCAUGGUUGGGAGAGCAAGUGACCAUGUUCCGGAUCACAGGACAUUUCGCUGGGUUAAACCUUCAGAAAUACUUGAUGUCGAUAGAAUACUUAAUGGCGACUGGAGUUGGCUGAACGAAAGGCGGGGCAUGUCCCUCCAGAAUCGGAGGGAAAUGGCGACCGGAGGGACCCUAGUCCCCUUUUCUAAGAAGAGAGUCAAUUUGAGUGAUGUCGGGGAUUUGCCGGUAAGCAAAAGGCAGAAAUAUCGCGUACCCGCACCAAUGAAUGGGCUGCAAGGGCUGGUGUUUAUAAGGAGUAGAUCGAAAAGAUUUGUAUACACGGGUGAGGAACUGAGUGAGAGUGAUGAUGAUGUCGAUGAGGGUUGGCUGCAAAUGGAACACAAAGAAGUAAGUAGGGGUUUUGUAAGCUUUAAUAUUAAUACUGAUAUCUAAAAUUUUGUAGAUCAUCGAAGACUUCACUGACGUGGCUCGAAAUGAGAUGACUUUCAUGCAGCUCUGGGACAGACAUCUGUUUUUAGAACGGUAAGUCAAAAUUCGCUUCUUGAUUAUCGCUUUACAACUAAUUUAGAAUAGGCCGAUAGGAUAUUCACACAUCCCGCAAGUCUUGAUCCGCUUCGCCCGUCAUCAAGCUGAAAACAUGAGGACUUCCCAGCUUCUUGUUGAAUUUUGGAAACAUUGCCUGAAUCUUGUUCAGUACGGAAUAAUAGAUACCGAAUGUGUAGCCUUCUGUAUGAAGAUCAUCAAAGGCGAAGGUCAAUGGUCAUCUGCUGGACAAGCAGAGUGGGGGAUCGGGCUGUCGGGGCCACUUGUACUAGAUGCCCCGGAGGUCGCCCCAACCAAAGUUGAGGAUGAUACGGACAUUCUAGACUGUCUGCAGACCCCGGAGAUAAACUCGGGGUUUUGUACUUGCGGGAAACCGUUCGAUAAGCCUGAAAUGGUGCUUUGCAACGGAGAUGUGAGUGCUUUCCUAGUAUUGCAGCCCCUCCACACUCGCUUCCGCUUCGCUAUCCAGAUCCAAGAACUUCGGUCUCCCCUGAAACACAUUGUUAUAUGCUAACGUCUCCUAGAAUUGCAAAACGCGCUGGUUCCAUAGAUCCUGCAUUAAUGUAGAACGAAGCCAAGAGGGUUGGCGGUGUAAAUUCUGUCAAGAAGAAGUCCUCCAGUGCGGCAGCUGAUUCCUUUAUGUAGGUACUACUCAUAGGUGCCCGAUUCACUCACCAACCAUUCUGUGAAAUACUAACUAGGAAGUUAUUCACAAAAUAGUAGGAUCACCAAUCUCCCUCAAAUCUCGCUCUGGUAUCGUGUUUUCUUAGCCCCUGCACGAUGUCUGAAACAACAUCCUCUAACGCUUCAUUUCUUCUAUCAGCCCAGCCGGCCCUUAUGUACUAAUAAUACCGGAUCCCGGGCGUUCACUGUACUUUUAUUUCUUCCGGUUCGUUGUUAUCCUUUAUUUCUUUCGGUCUAGGAGACCUCAUAGACGCGCCUGACAACGGCUUCACUCGAGAUUAUGUCUAUUUUAGCGGUGUUUGGGUUUGGUGGAGGGUUGCUACAAUCUCUAGAUCUGGCGAGGUUUGAAUAAGAGAAAAUAAUACAGUUUUCCUCCCGUACACGAUUGCAUUGCCAUUGCUUGUUCCUGAGGAUUAACACCGCCUCAAAUCAAGCAGUAGCUAUGAUCUGCCGCACCCUAGCCGCUAAGGAUGCGCAAUACUCCAAGGGUGGGUAAGAAGAACCUCGUGCCCCAUUCAAGCACGGGCACCCUCUUCUGCGGUAGCGUACUAGUUUCGCUGUUCUUAGGCGCUCUGCUGUCCGGCCUAGGGACGUGGUACGAGUAGAGUCUGGAUAGGGUUGCUUCGGUCCCCAGAUACUUGCACCUCGAGCACCAAUCCAAGGCGGCAACGGCUCACACGCGGUGGCGGGGUGGGCACCAACGGCUGCCGGGCUAUCUGUGGUCAAGGGCGAAGGGCUAAGGAAGGGGAUCAUCCAAAGCGUGGCGGGUGGCCAAAAAAAGUACGAGGCUGUGGACAAAAAUCACCGCUAGCAACUACAAACCACAAGUCCGAAAAAUCUACGAUACAUAAGCAACUAUGAAUAUCUCAACAAUAGUAGAAGGAAAAUCAAAAAUCAAAAAUCAAAAGGAUACAGGUAGUGAAUCAGAACUAAUAAAAGGUAUUAAAAUUCAGUUUGCAUCCCCUUUCACUGUUUUGACUUGAACAAGUCUUGCUGGUAUAAUGUGUAUAUACUAAUUGUAAUCGUAGUGAUGUAAAUGAUCCCACUUGUCCUGAACUGCUGUUCUCAUCUCAUGGAUAGUUUUAGAAAAAGUAUUCCUUCCGUUGAUCCUUUACUUUAUUAUCUUUGAUAUAUUCUUGAUGGGAUUAAUGUCAGGUGAUAAAGCUGGCCAAGCAUGGAGUAGAAUGUCUAAUAUCUUUUUAAGCUCAACUAGUAUUUCUUGAGUUCCAUGAAUUGAGACCUAGUCUUCAACAUAUUGGGCUUCAGGAGAUAGAGUGUAGUGGAGGAGGUU